AUGACAGACUACAGCUCGCUACUGGACAUCAGCCGGUACCCCUCGGUCGCGCUGAUUGAUGUGGAACCUGGCAUGGCCAAGGCGGACAACGUGGGAACCACCUUCAACUUGACGGACCACCAUCUGCUCCCCUUUGCAUUCAAGGAGCCGCGGGGAAGCCGGAUAGAAGGUGGGCAAGACAGCACAGCACCUCAGACGAUUACCACGGGGACGCGGGACAGCCUGAGCGAGGGGGAUAAGGUAGCCAACAACAAGAGCCCCAGGAGCACUCUGGAGGGCCCCAUGCUGUCCACCAGCACCCUGAUCAGCGCGCAGCAGCUGGCCGAGGCGCGCGGGAUGCGGGGUUCCAACGACUGGCGUAGGGACUACCAGGCGGACGACCUGGACGACGAGGAUGACGAGGGAGACUUUGAGGACGACGAUACGUUCUCGGGAGCUCACCGGGACCACGAGAGCGCGUCUGCUGCAGAGGAGAGCAAUCUGCGUCGCUCUGCUCGCAACCACGGCACUGACAGCCGCAGGUCCAACGAGAAGCGCAAGGUGGGCCGCCCCAUCAUCUACUGCGGGGACCCGGACUCGCCCGACCUGACGCCGCAGGAGCGCCGCCGCAUCCGCCGCCGCAUUGCCAACCGCGAGUCGGCCCGCCGCGUGCGCGCCAAGCGCCAGGACCUCUUGGAGGACAUGUCGAUCAAGGCGAGCCCCCCUUAUCUUCUAAAUCCUCGUGCCACUUCAUGUCUCCUGUUCCCCUUCCAUUCCACAGGUGUCCGCUCCUUUGACAAGGUGAGAGAACUUGAGGAGCAGAAUGCGGCGCUGAUGCAGCGAGCUUUGUCGGUGGAGGGCAAGCAUGCCAACAUGCUGGAUCAGGUGUCGCAGAUCAGCCACUGCCUGCAGGCGAAGACUGCCGAGAAUGAGCGGCUCAUGUCCGAGCUGGACCAAAUGCGGCAGAACCUCUCGGUCGGCAGCAGCAGCUCGAUGGACUUGGACAUGCUGAGGGAGGCAUGCGGCAACUACAGCUUCCGGCUGACUGCCGUCGAGUCCGGCCCGCAGCAGCCGCCGCAGCAGCCGCAGCCGGUGCUGCCGCAGACCAUCAGCAGCGGCUUCGCCGGGUCCGCCUUUGGCGCCGCUGCCGGACUGCCGCUCGACCCUCUGCCCGCUGCUGUGCCUCGGCCUGUGGUGAACAGCGGCGCCACUCUGCCGCCAUCUGAGGACAUUCUGGCGCCACCGCUGCCGCACCCGGCGCGUAUGCUGUCCAAGGAGCUGUCACUGGGCCAAGUGGCUGCCCUGUCCAUGGACCGCAGCCUCAGCGAAUUCCUGAAGGGGGUCACCUGCUUCUGA